GCAAUAGGAAUAGAAGAAGACAGCAGCAGUGAGUGAGGGUUAACUGGGGCGACUAGGAGCAGCGAUCGAGUCAACACAGGCAAUCCAGGCGGAACGAAUGGCGGCCAGUACUUCAGCGGUGGUUCCACCUCCGAGCGUGCCCCCUCCUCCAGGGGCAGCCGGGAUAUUUGCAGCAAGAGGAGGGCCGUCAAUUCCCCCGUCGGGGAAUGCCCAGGAGGAGAGUGACAGCGACAGAAUCAGGACACUACUGGACAUGUGCUUUGACGAGGGUAUCUUUCCAGAGUCGAAUAUCAACUUUGGAGAGACGGAGAUUGUAGAUGGUGUUGGGGUCCUGACGCUUAGCGAUGAGGUGGAUACCACCACAGUUAACUGGCUGAAGGCCAGGACGGUCAUAGUAAUCUUCGACGAGCUGGCCAUCAACCUAAGUGUGAACGAGCGUGAGAGACUAAUCAGGGUGUAUGAGGACGCAUGGUACACAGACCAGACGAUGAAUCCAACGCAGAAAGCGGGAGAACGCAUGGAGAAGGCCCCAACGUUACGUUUGGGAUUACACGGGCGAAGGACGGAUAUGCAGAGAAGGUGUACGGGCGGGAGCCAAGGACCUGACUGGUCCUAUGUGACCAUGCACAUUAACUCAGAGUUCGACUAUGAAAACAAAGGCGAGGAAGGGGAGGCAAGACAAACAGGGGGCACAACGGGAGAGAAUUGCCUUCAAAACUAUGGAGGGGAGAGGAACACGAACGAAGCCGGCACGACAGAAGUUCUACAGCGCGACCAGAUUAUGAGGGACCCAGGGAAUAGGACGUCCUUAUUUGCGCCAGUGAAGACUAGAAGAGUAGGAGAGCAAGGCACUUGUGAGCCGACAAAAGAAGCAGAGGAUGGUGAAGGGGAGGUUGACUAUUUUAAUAUUAUCUCACCACCAAAGCAGAAGUCGACAGUUCAGCAGACGGGAGCCAGGGGAGGAGGAGCGAAGCAGGCAUGUCAAGGGCAAGGACACCACUAUGUGGUGCCCCUCUGUGCCUCCCUGGCCCCACAGGGAAUCAAGAUCCUGGCUGGGAAGGCGCGAAGCGGGGAAUUUGCACUCCCAGCUGUCCAUGUGGACAGCUUCCCCGGAACAAAAGACGCCAUACGCGGAGCAGUAGCGAAAUUUGCGGCCGGCCGCUUCCCAUUCAGGCUGAUUCCAGGGAUACGGGUGGGCAGGAAAACAGUCGAUAUUGGGGAGGAAAUGAGUCUGCAGAUUCAUCUGGCACUCGUAGACAUCAAGAUUACGCAAGACUGUGCAAACACUCUCGAGGCUCAGGGCAUUCAUUGGCUACCUCCCCAAUGGUUGAUGCAGACACAUCAGAAGAGGCUGCAAAGAUCCAUCUCGUGGGCGGCGUGAAGGCACAACGGAUAGCCAAUUUCUGUA